AUGAAGAUCGACCCAGAAGGCUACCAAACGGAACUCAGUCUCCUCUACAAUCAAUUCAAAUCCUCUCUAGAGCUCUUCCAACAACAAGCCGCCCUAAAUUUCACCUCCAUCAGUGGAAUCUCCACCGACUCCACCGUCGCAAAGGACCUCGGAGACCGAGCCAUGUUUUUGUCUCAUAUGACACCGUUUUACCCCGAACAACUCGCCAAUUUUCCUACAGAGCUCGCCGAUUUCCUCCGGUCAUCAGGCCGGUCUCUGCCAUCGGGGCUUCGCUGUCAUAUUGCCCAAGCUUUGAUUCUUCUCAUUAACCGAAAGGUUUGCCCUUCACUUCUGAUCAAGAAGGAUCGUGGACGGCCCAUUGAUCCUAAGGCAAGGCCGAAAGCAUUUGGUGAGGUGAAUGUCGCCAGCAAUGUCCCAGACGUUGAGUUAUUGCAACAAAAUGAUGGAAGUGAUGAUGAUACCAAUGAUCAUGGAUAUGGUAGCUCUUCUGAUGAUGAUAAUCAUAAUGAUGAAGAUGUGGAUGCUGUUGAAAAAGAUGACAAUAGCAUUGAUGAUGGCUGGGAUGGUGAUCAUGCUUUCGAGUAUGAAUCUGAUAGCUCUGAUGAUGACGAUCUCCAAAAUGACCAAAACAUUAGUGCUGGAUGUGAAGAUGAUGAUAUGCAAAAAGUUGAAGUGUCUGAAGAUGAGGAUGCUAAUGACUGGACUGAUGAUGAGGACGAUGCCAGUGAUGAAGAUGAUGAUGACGAAGAGGAGCAUGGGCAGAUUAAUGGCUCCCCAACAAAUUGUGAUAAAAAUGAAUUUAAAGAGAAGAAGAGGAAGUUUUCUGAUUUUGAUGGACAACUGAAUGCUGCCAACAAAAGUCUUCGGGCUUUAAAGAAAUUAGCUGGAGCAAAGAUGAACCCCGGUCCCUCAGAUACAACAGAUGGUAUUCUUUCUAAUGAGGACUUCCAAAAAAUCAAAGAGCUAAAGGCAAAGAAGGAAGCAAGGAUUACUUUGAAUCAACAUGGAUUUAAGAUUCCUAGCUCUGAUAACCUUAGUGUUAAAAGAGUGGACGCUGCCAAGCUUGAGGUUAACAUACGAAAAAAGAUGAGCAAGGAUGAAAAACUGGCAUUAAUAAGAGCUGGAAGGGAGGAGAGAGGGAAGUACCAAGCCCGAACUGCUGUAAAACAAAAGAAGACUGGUGGUUUAAGCAAUCGGCAGAAGGAACACAAAAAGGCUAUGCCCCUUGCAGCAAAGAGAGCCAAGGUCACACGAUCUCGGCAGGAGAAAAAGAUAAAACAGCAACGUUCUGGGAAACAGUUCCGUGGGAGGAAAGCAUGGAAGUGAUCUGCAUUGUGAUUUGCUAUACUCUAAUGCUGGUCUGCUUAGUAGUUGCCCACUACAACUAAAAAUUUAAAGAGGAGGGGGUGGAGGGAAUAAGUGCUCUUUUAUGUUAUGUUGUUUUUUCUGGGGGGCAUUGUAGUCUAGAUCUGUGGUAAUAUAUUACCACAGACCUGGAAUUUUCUCUUGUGGCUCCUAUUUUUAAUAUUUAAUUGAUAAUAUUCAUUAUCCAUUCUUUGAACCUCACUUAAUGAUUUGGAAUGCUAGAGUACCUAUGAAAGUGCAUAUGCUUGUUUAGGUGAUUGUUCAUGGUAAGGUAAAUAAUACCUGUGACUUGUUGCGAGAUGG